AUGGAUCCUUCACUUCUGGCGAGCACGUCGUCAUUCGGUGAAGCAAUAUCAGAUCGUUUGACUGUCAGUUGUCCUCCCGAACCUUGUGCAUCCUCGGAUGCAGAACUACCCGAUGAUGCUCCGAUUCUGAGUAACGAAGUUGAGCCACUGCCUGAUUACAACCAUGUUAUACAUACUGAACUACCUCCGUUCAAAAAGGAGCGACCAGAAAGACCGGGAGAGAUCGAAGAUGAAAGAUCUACUUCAAGUCGUGCAUGCAGCACCUUACUAGAGGAAGGAGCAGAGGAUGAAGAAGAAGCGAUCCCUGAAACCGAUCGUUUU